ACGUCGGUCCGUUACAGAUACGUUUUAAUUUUGAAUUUUUAUAAACAGUUUUGUUGAUAAAGAUUGAUAACUGUUGAAAAGAUUAUUUGUACAAAGUUUUAUUAAUAUUAACACAAACUUUAUUAAAGUAAUGUUUGUAAUGCACCAUCAAUAAGUUGUGUACAACAAAAAGCUAUUUGUAUGUUAUGACGAUGGAUACUUCGAUAAUUAACACCCCUGUUGCAAGGCUGAGUGUUGGCGGGAUCAACAGUCCUUUGCGUAGAAGAAGUCUUAUAGCACAAAAAAAUCGGAUAAACAGGGAGGAGGAACGUAAUGAUGACGAUGCUGAGCGUUCAUCUUUGGUGGCAUCAGAGCGUGCCCUGGUCACGUCGACGCCGCUGGCCUCGCCGGGCCGGAGUAAAGACACAAUGUCAUCAUCACCGCAAAAAGAACAUUUCCAAGGCUGUCUCAAAUUGUAUGCAGAAAAUAAAAUCAACAAGGAUAAUGCGUGGAACCUACAGCUGAUAGACUUUAUGACGUCAAUGUUGCGACGUCACGACGCGCGAAUGGACAACCUGCAGACAGCAUCAACUGUGGUUGAUGCCUCUGCCCGUAUUUACUCAUUUAGAGUUGACGCUGUGCAUUAUGAUGUACUGAAAAUGGCCGGGGGACUUAGUAAAGCUGCUCAGACUAAGCGAGGUAAGAAAGACGAUAACGAUGAGGUAGGCGAUGAACCGGCGGCAGACGACGCGCGAGUCAAGAAGAAGAAGAAAAGAGCUAAAGGCGCAAUCGCACCCAACCCAGAGGUGUUCAAUGGAGACUUUGAUGCUAAUGAUUUUGUUGAUCCGUUUUUCGAGAGGCUAGCAGCGACCACAGGUGAUGUGACGUCAUCGAACAGGGCCUUUAAUGCUACCUUACCAAUACAUGACAACACUUUAGCACUUAUUUUAAGAACGGAUGCUCCUUAUCUGGAGUUAAUCAAGGAGAAUGAGUUGGAUCAACUGGAGUUAACGGAACACAUCACAUUGUCAGCCAAACUGCUGCCGGCAUUCACCAGCGCGGAUCGUAUUUGCGAACCUUUUGCUGGUUUCUCCAUCAGUAACUGGGACCCUGACACUGAAUAUACUGAGAACCGCGUCAACAACUGGGUGGAGGAGCGGCUCAAUCUGUCGCAGCAGGCGCUCGCCUUCGAUGUCAACGCCGAGGUGGAGCCCAUACCGUAUGAUGACGCGCACAACGAUUUGUUUGAGGACGAGCCGCUGGGCGGUAUCGAGAGCGAGGAGGAGGCGGACGUGGCGGUGGCGGCGGCUGCGGCGGCGGCGUGCGCGGCGAGGUGCGCAGGCGCAGCGCGUGUCGCGGACAUGCGCCCGCAGGCGGCGCGAGACUCCCGCCUCGAGUACUCGUACUGCGGGGCUAUUGUUGCCGCCUGGGCUGGUCCCGCGCACUGGAGACUGCGCAACAACAGAGCAUCGAAGCUAUCGGAGCGUACGCAAUCAACGGCAACAGGUCGCCUCACAAUAGAGAAGAAGGCGGCACGCAGCAAGCGCCAGCUCGACUUCUUGGGGGCGGGGCUCGCCACAGACUGCCGCGCUCCGCCCACUGGAGAGUACGAGCCCGCCCAGCCCGCAAAGAUCACCAUCGCCAGGAAGACCCUCGCCACUGGACACACCUGGAAUGAAGCUAAUUAUAAGACGCCAAUUGAUAGGGGUUUAGACGAGACCCACUUCUGCAAGUUGUUCGUGCGUCAGAACGUGACGAUGCGCCGGCGUCGCGCUCUCGCUGCUAGUGGUGUGGGCGUGGCCAGCGGUGUGGGCGGGGCCGGCGGGGCGGAGCACGAGCCCCUCGCCGUCGACGAUGUGCGUGACUAUGAUUACAACAACGAGAACGACGCCUCCUACUGCCCUAACAGUGUACCCGAGGGUGAGGAGUGGGGCAACGAGGAGGGCGCGGCGGCGGGAGACCCGCACGACCAGCUCAAAGCCCAGGAACCAGAGGAGAUCGGUGACAUGUUGGAACCUCCCACUAAGGUGGCAAAGAUCUUCAUACCUUACGCAAUGAGAGCGAAGAAAGUCGACAUGAAACAACUGAAACAUUGCACUUGGAGGAUGUUGACCAGCAAGACGAAAGAAGGGGAAAAGGAGGAGGUGACGCCGACCACGUUCCUCUCAGUGUACUCCCGCCUGCCCGCAAAAUUGUCCACCAACAUGCGGGAGUCCCUCAGUGUGCCUCUCGCCUUACUCUCUGUGCUGCAUCUCGCUAAUGAGAAAGGUCUAGUACUAGAAAAACGUGAUGAUUUAAAAGAUGUUGGAAUUAUAGGACUUAUAAAAUAGGUUAAAUGGACCUGGAUGAGCGAGUGCCUAAAGAAUUGAGACUUUUUCUUGCAUAUCCAGAUUCGUCUGUAUAUUUUCCUGGUGAAUGAUCUUUGAUUGUACUGUUUUUUUAUGGAAUUUAUGUAGAUAAGUUUUAAUGGUGUAAAAUAUAAGAAAUUGUUCACAAUAUUUGAUAUUUUCCCAGUAUGAAUAUGAAACAUGGCUUUGUAAGAAAAUAUUGUUGAGCAAGAAUUAUUUUUCGUAUUAGAUAUUGGUAUAAUUUUUUUUCGUAUAAUUUUAUCCAAAUCUUAAUUAUCAUUAACAGUACAACACGAUAAAUGAAAUUAUUUUAGUUAUAAAUAUUUAUUUCAGGUUUAAAGGUAUUUAUUUCAACCUUAUUACUUUUUGUAAUAAGGUUGAAAAUAUCUAUCUAUAGGAGAGUUUUCUUUUGCAAAAAUGUGUCAUAGACCACAAGUUAAAUAAUUAUACAAUUUUUAUAAUCAAUACAAUUUUAUCCUAAAAGUGCCGAUGGACUAUUCUAUUAUUUAUUAGAUCGCAACAAACUGCUUUUUUCUGAAAAUGCCGACUUAGAAAUUAUUAAAUAUUAAUAAUUAUUUCAUGUUUUCUAUUUGUUUUUCGAUGCUCAUGUUUGGACGUCUUGUAAAUAUAAUGACAAAUAUAAUUAACA